AUGUCAAUACAAUGGCUUGCUGACACCUUACCUUACGAAGCAAAUAAUGAUUCAAAAAAGGAUGCACGUUGUUUAAAACAAUGUUUGUUGCAAGAUUAUGAAUGGGACCUUCUGGAAAAAGUUUUGUUAUUGCUAAAACCAUUUGAAGAAGCCACAACAUUUUUUUCUGGUGCACAAUAUCCAACAUCGUCUCUUAUGUAUCCUACAAUCCAAAAAUUAAAAAUUAAAUAUGCUUGUGGUGUAACAGGUAGAAAUAGAAAAGAUGAUAAUGACAAUGAUG